AUGACUAACUAUAAGCUCUACUAUUUCAACUUAGAUGCCAGAGCAGAAUUAAUCAGACUUUUGUUUGCUUAUGGUGGCAUCAAGUACGAAGAUAUACGUUACAGCUUUGACGAAUGGCCAAAAGUUAAAGAAAGUGGUCCAUUCCCCUUUAAGCAAAUGCCCGUUCUUGAAGUGGAUGGGAAACCAAUCUGUCAAAGCAAUGCCAUUUGCCGACAUUUAGCUCGAGUUAUCGGCAUUGACGGUAAAAACGAGACUGAGAAAGUACUCAUUGACAUGGUUGCUGAUAGUUGCACCUAUGAGAUUGUCGAAAAGGCCUACGAUCACCGUGCACCUUUUGCGGAACCCGAUGAAAACAAGAGAGUUGAAAAGGGAAAAGUCUUCCGUGACGCGAAGUUAGAGCCGUUCUUGAUUAAUCUCGACAACUUAUACCAGAAAAUUGGAGGCAAAUACUUUGUCAGUGAUGAGAUUACAUACGCUGAUCUGGCAUACUAUCGCAUGAUCAACAACGUCAAACCAUUAUUGGCGGAUCUUCCUACACCUCAUCCAAAGCUUAAGGAUCUUUACGCUCGCAUUUCUGAAAACGAGAAGCUUAAAGAAUGGGAAAAGCACAAAGCCGAAGCAAUAUUCUAA